AUGUCGCAUGGGAGCACUUCAGAGGGUAGUUCCUCCUCUGCCCAGUCCAGCCGGCAGGUUGACGAGGCCGCUGCAUCCAGCGGGAAGGCGGGUCGCAGGCGCAAGCGUCCCAUUCAAGACGUCAUCGAGGGCUCUGCACAAGUGGAGGGGGAACCUGACGCACCCCCGGCGCCAUCAUCGGACGACGAUCCAAACGAGGUUCUCCCAAGUCGUAACCCACGCCGCACUCAAGACGAAGAUGGUGCGGAAGCGGACAACAAUGCUGAGGCCGACGCAGAAGGGGACGACGCCUGCGCGGGAGGUGCUCCUAAUGACGCACCAGUCACGCGCGAGGAGCUGCAUAGCAUGAGGGAGCUCCAUGAAGCCACGGCACGUGCGAUUGCAAGGCUGGAGACGGCGUUCCUUGCGAAACCAAAGGAAGACGGCAACAAUAAGAAGAGGAGGAGGCGAAAGCGUGGCUCCGGCAAGGGAGAGCGCCGGAAGGCGCGGAGGGCACGCUCCACGUCCGAUACGGCGUCCGAUGAGGAGGGGGACUUCGACGACGAGGACGAGGGCCACCUUCGACACUCCACAUCUGCCAUUAUGCAGGAGGCGCUCGACCUCCUCCCGGCCGACAAACCCUGGAAGGCCCGCACCGAGCUGUUCAUUAGGCGCUCCAACUCGCAGCUGACGUUCUACCCCAGCAGCACAGCCAAGACAUGGGCCAUCUGCGCGGUCGUGGAUAACCUGACUAAGAGCUACGCAAGCGUUGCUCUCGCUGCGUGCAAGGCACGUCGGAUCGACCUGAACAGGUCGUUCAGCGACUGGAAGACUGGUGCGGCAGGAAGAGUUCGCGACAGCUCGCUGCCUAAGAUUGGACUGUUUCGACACGACCGAGACAUGAAGAGUCCCUGGGCGAUACGGGCGAGGCGCACCCUGUCCCGAAUCCGAGAUAGGGUCGGCCUUGGAGACGUGCCUGCGGGUAAGCUGGCUCUCUCUCGGUGGAGUUGCGACAGUGACGGGAUGCCGUUCGCGUCUGGGGCAUUUACAGCAUGCGCACGGGCGGCGUUCAAGCCAAGGAUGGUGAACGGGACCAUGACACUGAAGCUCUACCACGUGGCAUGGCUGGAGCACGUGGUACGCAUACGCCUUGCAACUUUACAUCACUUAAAGUACCAGGGAGAGUGUCCUCACGCGCGCGGGUAUGUGGUUUGCCGUGCGCAGGUGUCAGAUGCAGUCAUGCACUGGGAGGCGCGCCAGGGUCGCUUCGCCAACUCCGCAAGCUCCAACGCGCAGAUCGUGGACGGCCUCCACGUCCUCGUCAAGGCUGCGGUUAGGGGGGCCAUUGCGGAUUUCCGGCCCGACUAUGACGAGGCGUCCCAGAGCUGGGCGUGGGGCCGCCAUGGUCUGCGCAUCUCGGCCGACGGCAUCGCGGCAGCCGACGCAGUGAGCGCGGAGGCGAGCGUCAGCCGCAGGACUCCGCAGGCAUAA